GAUUGAAUACAAAAAAAGAGCAGAGCAUUCAAUUAGAGCAGCAAUCUCCAUUACCAAUCCUUCAGAGCUUUUCUGAAACAAAACUCAGUGACCCACUUCAUUAUACAAGUUGCAGGAGCUUAAGCUUAGCAUAAAGUAUUCCUAGUACAAGUGAAGAAUUCAGAACUCAGCAGAAAACACACCCAAAAAGGCGCCUACUCUCUCUAUAUUCAGUUCCUUAAAAAAAGUAAACUACUUUAGUUUCGCCAAAUUUCGUGUCUUUGGUCGACCAGUUUGUUGGCUUUCUCUCUCUUCCCCCACUUCUCUUUCUUUUUCUUUUUCUUUUUUUUUCCUCAAAAGAAACUGAACCUCCGAAAAUUUACAUUAUGGAAAAUGAGCACAAGGAAGUCUCGGCAGCAAUCAUCAACCCCAUUCAGGAUAAAGAGGAAGCCAAGGAAGUGGGCAUUGGAUCCGACGAGCCUGAAGCUCCUUCUCCCCUAACUGUUACUUCCCGGGUUUUGUAUAUGUUGGGUGACAUUGCAGCAGGACCAGCGUAUAGGUUCACCCAAUGGCUGGAACUGGUUCGUAAACGCAGCCACCAAAACCGCUCCUCAGGCUUCCCCAACCGCCCUCUGAGGCUCGAUGAUAUGCCUUCUUGUGCAGGAGAAUCAAUUCAUGAUUCAAAGGGUCCUGUUCUCUCUGAUCAAACUACAGAAAUCAGUCUGUGGGAAAGACUUGGUAAAGCUGCAAUGAUGGAUAUUGAAUCAAGCUCUUUUUCUUGGGAUAGACUUUCUUCGCUUCAUCACACUGAACACAGUAGCAGUACUGACCAAUCUGAGGAUGAAAUGAAUAAAGCCCUCGAGGUUACUGUGAAUUCUGGUGGAGUUGUCUUCUUUGCCCUUUUCAGCCAGCAUGGAGAUGAUAAUUCUUCUGCUAACGAAGCAGCAGCUGUUAUAAAGUUCUCAUCAUCAAGGAUGGCUUCACAAUCUGAACGUCUUGGAUAUGAGUUGGCAAAGUGGCUCGGAGUUCGAGCUCCUCAGGCCAGGGUCAUUCACAAUUCUGCCCCUGAGUGGCUCCAGAUUAAAGAAGCUGCAGAAAUGGCAAGAAACGCUGCAAGCUUAGAAGGAGAUGAAGUUGGUGAAAUGACUUGCUCAGAAUUAUUGGAAGCUCUUGAACUUAGCAGAUGCCUUUUCUUGAUGAGCUAUGUCCAUGGAUCACCUUUACUAGAAAGUUCCAACGCAUUUGAAAUGAAAGAAAAUGCAGAGAAAACAGCAGCUGCCCUUGGUAGGGUCUUCAUGUUAGACCUGAUCAUCAGGAAUGAAGAUAGGCUCCCCUGCCGUCAGCUUAGAUGGCGUGGAAAUAAUGCAAAUUUGUUAUUGGCUGAUAAAAUGGCUUCAGCAUAUAUGGAUGCAUUGGAUGAAGCCUUGGAUUCUGUAAUCAAGCGAUACAGACCAAGAGCACUAAGAGCUCUUCAAAAAGAUAGAAGGGCAACUUCAGUAGAUAGCAGAAUGAAAUCUCACAAUUCAGGAUUGGUGUCGCAGACCUCUGAUCUUUCUGAUAUCACCGAAUCACCUAGAUCUAGUGACAUGUGCUUAAAAAGUCAACUAUUAGAUGAAUCAACAUUUUCUGAUUUCCGAAUUGUGGCUAUUGACUCUGGUGUUCCUCGUCGACCUCCAGCGGGGAAACGUUCAAAUGAUCAGGCAACUUAUCCUAAGUUGGUUGAAUUACUACUCAAUAGUUCUGAGUACUCAUCCAAUCUGUUAUUUGACAUAACAGGGGGAAAAUUAGGAUAUUCUUCUGUUCAAGACAAUGACACAAAUGAUUUGAAGUUUGAAAUGGGUACAGUUGUUCAAGAAUUUCGGAAUGGAUUCCGCGGUGCUCUUAGAGAUAUGCAAGGAUUCCAUAUUUUCCUACUCACACUUCACCAAAAACUCGAAAGCUUGUUGCGAGUAUUUUGGAAUAUCAUAAGUAAAAUUUCCUCAGGGGAAUCUGACAAAGAGGAUUUGGCAGUUCCUGAGUCACACUUACAAGUUGCUGGAAAUGCUCAUUGCCCUUCUCCGCCAAGUAAGGAGCCAAGUAAGGAGCGGUGUAUUCAUGAUAACCAUCUAGAUUUUAGUGAUUCAGAGCAGAGAAGUGCUCCAAGAUCAUCCUCUUCAGGAAAUAAAGAAAGCUCAGACUCGAGUUCUCCAGUUUCUCGUGAUGGUUUUCAUGGAAAAUUUUGUAAAGGUAGUGUUGAGUCCCAUCGGCAUCUGCGUUUGACAGCAAAGCUCCGAGAUUUCCAGAAAUUUGCAAAGGUUGAUGCUGAAUCAAGUAAAGAAUUAGAGCAAUGGAAUGAAAUGCUAAAGAAUGAUGCAGUCAAGCUCUGCCAAGAGAACAGUUUUAAUACUGGAUUUUUCGAGGGUAGCGAUAAUAAUUGUGCCAUCGAUGCUUACGAACUGAAGGUGAGACUAGAGCAUAUUCUUGAGAGAAUUUCAUUGAUAUCAGAGGCUGCAAAUACUGAGAGGCCAUCUUCAAUCACAAAUAGCCUGUUCAUUGGUGGGGCCCUGGCUGGAAGAUCUGUAUUCACACUGCAGCAUUUAGGAAUCACUCAUAUAUUGUGUCUGUGCUCCAAUGAAAUCGGACAGUCAGAUUCUCAAUUCCCUGAACUAUUCAAGUACAAGAAUUUUUCGAUAAACGACAGCGAAGAUGAAAACAUCAGUAGUAUCUUUGAUGAAGCUUCAGAUUUUAUUGAUCAUGUUGAGCAAACAGGUGGGAAGGUUUUAGUUCAUUGUUUUGAGGGAAGAAGUAGAAGUGCCACGGUCGUGCUUGCGUACCUAAUGCUCAGGAAAAAUUUUACUCUGCUAGAAGCAUGGAACACACUUAAACGUGUUCAUCGUCGAGCCCAGCCCAACGAUGGAUUUGCAAAGCACCUACUAAACCUGGAUAAGAAACUGCAUGGAAAUGUUUCCAUGGAAUGGCAACAGCGAAAACCGAUGAUGAAAGUAUGCCCCAUCUGUGGGAAGAAUGCCGGUCUGAGCAGCAGCUCACUUAAGCUUCAUUUGCAGAAAUCUCACAAGAAGCUAUCGUCAGGCAGUGUUGACAGUGCCAUGACAAUGGAAAUUCAAAAGGCCUUGAUGGCACUCCAGAUUAGCCGAGGCGGGAGUGUCAGCCCUACUCAGAGGGUAUCUUGUUCGGAUAUGGAUGAUUAGAAAUCAUCCUUGUGUUCGCCUUCUACAGAUUUGAUCAAAAGCUUUUACGAAACAAAAACAAAGGAGAAAUUUGAUAUGAAGAAUCCAAAAGAGAAAAAGAGGUAAAUAAUAUGCAAGGUGAUGUCACAACAGGUCUCUGUCUCUAUUUACUUGCACAUAAUCAAUUGGGUAAAACUAUAUGAUUGGAGGGGCACUAACCAUAUAACCAACUUUUUUUUAAGGCAGUUCAGUGUUUAUUUCAUUCAUGUAAAUAAUGAGGGAUAUUAGAUCAGUGCUGUAAUCAAGAAGCUUUGGCUCAUUAUCUGUAAUGGGGUUUGGCACUUGAAAAGAAAUGUAAUCAAUAUAAACCAUAUUUAAAUGGCAUUCCCCAAAGAAUGUAUCAUCACAAAUUUUGGGGAUAUAAUUGGAUUGGAAUGCAUACACAUCUGGAUUUCUCUUUU